CUUCUGUCUGUUAGUCAUUCCGGUACAGAAGAAUCAUGCCAAAAUAUUACUGUGAUUACUGUGAUACUUACUUAACACAUGACUCGCCCUCUGUGAGAAAAACUCACUGCCAAGGUAGAAAACACAAAGAAAAUGUCAAAAUUUAUUAUCAAAAAUGGAUGGAAGAGCAAGCACAGAAUUUGAUUGAUCAAACAACUGCUGCAUUCCAAGCAGGUAAAAUUGCACAAAAUCCAUUUCCAAAUGCCAGCGGACCUCCGCCAAGGGGAACGAUGAUACCUCCCCCAACAAAUUAUAGUGGAGGUCCAGGUGGGCCACCCCCACAACCAGGAGCCCCACCCGGACCAGGAGGUCCACCACCACCAAUGAUGGGACCACCACCAAUGAUGAUGGCACCACCUGGUGGACCAG